AUGAAGUGCAUCUUCUGUGGUGGUGUGGGUAAAUAUGAACAAUGUGAAAAAUGUUUAUUCAAGGGAUGCCAGAAAUGUAUUGUUUCUCACAAGGAUUCCUGUAUUUUAUUUAUGAAAGAUAAGUUUCAUUUUUGUAAAGAUCAUAAUAAACAUGUGGAUAAAUACUGUUUCGACUGUUUUCAUCUUACCUGUGAGAAGUGUGUUGUUGGAAACCAUUUGAAACACAAUAUAUUACCAAUAUGUGAGGCUGUCCAUAACAUCCAUGGUGAUAUUCAAAGUUCCAUAGAAGAACUGAAAAUAAGGAUAGACCAAGAGCAGAGUGCCAUUAAUUAUGACACUAAUAAGCAAACUGAAUAUAAGCUAUUGGUAAAGCAGAUAGACUUGGAAGAACAAAAAAUACAAGAAUGUGUAACAAGAACAAAGGCAACAUUACUGCAUAACAUGGAAAGAUUGCAAUUGACAGUAGACGAGAAAUGUACGGCAUCUAAAGUCAUAUUGCCUGCAAUGAGGCAAGCAAGGACUACUUUACAAUCGGUCAAACAUGAAAAAAAUGCAAUUAUAUUUUUAUCAAGAUGGUCAAAUCCAAAAUCUAUUAUAGAAAAACAAGAACUCCUAAAGAAAGAAAGAGAAGAAGACGACAAGGCGGUUGUAAUCGGAUCAGACAUAACACGUCAAUUACUAGAUCCAUUUAUAAGGUAUAAUAGCAAUAAUCAAGAUAGCAAGUAA